AUCCAAAGUUUUUAAUCCUUGAUCAAAGUUAAUGCAGAAGGUUGCUACAGAAUUUUUUCUACACGCAGAUAUAUUAGCCUACCAACUAGUAAGAUUUCCUCCCUCUUUCCAGAUAUUGUUGGGUUCAUAAGAAUUUCUUAUUUGGGUUUUUGUGGAUGCUCAGUUGUUAAGUUGGUCAGCCUGUAUUUCUGGAAGUUUCCUUUGUUUUCCAUUUCAGAUAUAUAAGUUGGAAAUCUUGCCUGGUUCACUGGAUUCCAAAGUACCUUGUGAGGAAAGAAAGCUGAAUGGCCUUUAGGAGAUUUGGCCAGAUGUCUGUCUUCUGAUUAGUAAAACUUGGGAGAUCCAUCCAUCCAUUUUGGAGCUGGAUUAGAGACCAGAGAAAAGAUGGAGGCACAACGCCCAGCAGAUGCGGGUGUUGGAAAAAACACUCCAGUUACUCAGCCUUGGAGCUGUGGGAAGAAUGGAACAAGUCCUGGGGAGAAGAGCCAAGAAGAGGAAGCCAGCAGUUCAGAGGUCCAAUGCUGUCACUUCAGCAAAGUGCAGUUCCAGAAGGGGAACAAUCCCCGAGAUAUUUGCAGUCAGCUUCACCACCUUUGCCAUCAAUGGCUGCAGCCGAAAAGACACACGAAGGCUCAGAUACUGGACUUGGUGCUCCUGAAGCAGUUCCUUUCUCUCCUUCCCCCAGAGAUGGAGAAAUGGGUGGGGGAGUGUGGAGCAGAGACCACUUCCCAGGCGGUGGCCCUGGCUGAAGGCUUCCUCCUGGCCCAGGAAUCAGAAAAGAUGCAGAAAUCCUUGGAAGCUAUGACAGAGUAUCCCAAGGGGAGGAAAGAUUCAUUCAAAUCUUCUGAAGAGCUGCUGUUGAGGGAGACCUUAUGCAACGAUGGAAGCCAGGACACCAUGCCGGAGAGUAGAAAGCUCUCCUUGGAAUUUUUUGAAUCACUUCGUCUUUGUGGUGGAGCUGAGAGAUUGGCUGAACCGCUUCUUCAGGGUGGUGUGUCUUUUGAGGAUGUGGCCGUGUAUUUCUCCAAGGAGGAGUGGUCUCAACUGGAUCCUGUCCAAAAAGCGCUCCAUGGAGAAGUCAUGCUGGAGAAUUCCAGGAAUCUGGCUUCUCUGGGCUAUAAUGGGCAGAAGAAUAAGAAUUAUAAGGAGGAAUGCCAAGCGAUCCAUUUCCUUUGUAAAGGGAAGCGAUAUCAAUGCAUGGAGUGUGGAAAGAGCUUCUCUUAUUAUAUCUCUCUUAUAAGACACCAAAGCAAUCACAAAGGCGAAAGACCUUAUAAAUGCAUGGAGUGUGGAAAGAGCUUUACUUGCAGCCGUAGUCUCAAUUCCCAUAAGAGGAUCCACACAGGAGAGAAACCAUAUCAAUGCAUGGAGUGUGGAAAGACCUUUACUCACAGUAGUAGUCUCAAUUCCCAUAAGAGUAUCCACACAGGGCAGAAACCAUAUCAGUGCAUGCAGUGUGGAAAGACCUUUCCCUUGAGCAGUCGUCUUCAUUCCCAUAAAAGGAUCCACACAGGAGAGAAGCCGUAUCAAUGCAUGGAGUGUGGAAAGAGCUUUACAUUCAGUAGUGGUCUCAGUUCCCAUCAGAGGAUCCACACAGGAGAGAAGCCAUAUCAAUGCAUGCAGUGUGGAAAGACCUUUCCCUGUAGCAGUGAUCUGAAUUCCCAUAUGAGAAUCCACACAGGAGAAAAACCAUAUCAAUGCAUGGAGUGUGGGAAGAGCUUUACUUUCAGUAGUGGUCUCAGUUCCCAUAAGAGGAUCCACACAGGAGAGAAACCAUAUCAGUGCAUGCAGUGUGGAAAGACCUUUCCCUGUAGCAGUCGUCUUAAUUCCCAUAAGAGAAUCCACACAGGAGAGAAGCCAUAUCAAUGCAUGGAGUGUGGAAAGAGCUUUACUAUGAGUAGUAGUCUCAGUUCCCAUCAAAGGACCCACAAAGGAGAGAAACCAUAUCAAUGCAUGCAGUGUGGAAAGACCUUUCAUUGUAGCAGUCGACUUAAUUCCCAUCAGAGGAUCCACACAGGAGAAAAACCAUAUCAAUGCAUGGAGUGUGGAAAGAGCUUUACUUUCAGUAGUAGACUCAGUUUCCAUCAGAGGAUCCACACAGGAGAGAAACCAUAUCAAUGCAUGCAGUGUGGAAAGACCUUUCGCUGUAGUAGUCGUCUUACUUCCCAUAAGAGGGUCCACACAGGGGAGAAACCAUAUCAAUGCAUCGAGUGUGGAAAGAGCUUCACUUGCAGUAGUAAUCUCCGUUCCCAUCAGAGGAUCCACACAGGAGAUAAACCAUAUCAGUGCAUGCAGUGUGGAAAGACAUUUCCCUCUAGCACUCGUCUCAAUUCCCAUAUGAAUAUCCACACGGGAGAGAAGCCAUAUCAAUGCAAGGAAUGUGGAAAGUCCUUCUCACAUCAUAGCUCUCUUACAAUUCAUCAAAGGAAUCACAAAGGAGAAAGACGUUAUAAAUGCAUGGAGUGUGGAAAGGGUUUUUAUAGGAGUUGUUAUCUUGCCUCUCAUAAGAGGAUCCACACAGGAGAGAAACCCUAUCAAUGCAUG